GACUGAAGCCAGAAAGAGUCAAAGGGGGGGCAGAUACAGACACAAGAAAGAAUGCGACGAGCGCACAAAGAUGUUGUCGGGUGUCGAGGUUGGAGAGGGGAUGAGGAUGAUGGGAUGUCUGAGGUGCGAUGCCGUUGCGGGCUGGGCUGAGUGAGACGACAACGACGAGCGACAGACUGCGCUUGCUUGGCUCUCCGUUCGCAAGUUGCCUCUCUUUGUGCGACUGCGACUGCAGGAGGGAGAUCGCUUCGAGUUCGGUCGACGGGAGUGCCACGCGGUCCGCGGCUGCCUCUUCUGAACCCCUCUCACCACUCGACGAGAGCCGGAGCUUGACAUUGAGCACCGGACCUUCACUGGAUCGCGCUGAGAAUCGAUCUGAGGAUGCAACAACAGUGACAUCGGAUGAUAUUGACUGGUCUGACCUUGCUGAGACUUUUGCUGGCGCCGCGUGCCUGGCUGAACAGCCUCGCAGCAUCCGCGGAGCUUGGCUCAGAGUUCCAAGUAGCGCAUAAUCCUAGCCCGAUCUCAGUCGUGGAUAUUGUAAUGAUCACGCACGCUCGUCGUCCCAUCUUCAUCGUUCUGAUCAUCUCAUCACCUCCUGUUCUGUCAGGAUGCCGCCUCGACGGCGUCUGCUGCGCCUGAGCGAACGAGUAGCGGAAAUUAGCCUUGAGCCUGAAGCUGAGGCGGCUGUGGAGGACGAGGGCCAAUCAAGUCAAGUGGGA